AUGAGUCGAAAUUCAGACGAUGUUUUGCGUUGCGUAUGCACCGUCUCCGGUGAUCGAAAAGAAUGUACCGUUGCCAUUGAGAGCAUUGUUCAAAAGUUCUUCGGUAAACAUGCGAAAGUCAUUCGAAAGAAGUCUACUUCCGGAGCGCAGAACUAUGACUAUGAAGUCCAACUACCAGGCAAUGAGGCGCCGAGAUCUGAGGAACUACAGAAAGUACAUAAUCUCUGUCGUCUCAAGGUCCAAGCUUUAUUGCGAGAACUCGAUCCUCUACCAAACUCAGAAAAGGGAAAAGAGCUAGUGCAACCUCCAAGUUCUGAUCCAGAGAAAGUCCCCCAACCACCUGCAAAAAAAGACAGACCAGAUACUAUUCGUAUCAAGAACAUACCCGUAACAUACACGAGAGAAGUUGUUGAGAUAAUUGUUCAGAAGAAAUUCCGCAGCAAACCCAAGAUACAAAGUCUCGCACUCCAUACAAAAGAACAUCUUUGUGCCACCGUCACAUUCCCGAAAGAAGAGUUUGGGUUUCCAACGGAGCAAUUGCCAAAAGUUAUCCUAGCACGCCAAUCACGUUCAGAUGCACCGGAGAUACAAUAUGAUGCAGACUUCCUGAACUUCACAACUUUGUAUAAUGCGAGGUUGCAAGCAGAUGUGGAUAUCGUAGCUGUGGUGGGUCUUGGAACGCACGCAUUUGGGACUUUCCGUUCCACAACUCCUGGUAGUCAUGAAAUGUGGUUGAGAGAUUUCCUUCCGAAAGAUAUCCCAAACACUCGCAUUCUCUUGUAUGGGUAUCCGUCCACUGUUUCUGGGGGCCAAUCCAUGGAGAAGGUCGAGGAUAUAGCGAGCACCUUCUUGAACAGAUUGACACUACUUCGCAGAAACACCACGACACGAAAUCGUCCCAUAAUCUUUAUUGGACAAAGUCUUGGGGGUCUGAUAGUUCAGGAAUCACUUCUUAGAGCUGCAGAUAGUCGUGAUCCAUACGAGCGGGAGAUUUUCGACUUCUGGCACGGACUUGUCGGCUUUGGUAUCCCAAUAGCAGGUCUUAACAAUCCUUCUCUUAUUGAAGCUGUAAAAUCACAGCCAAACAAAGUUUUGAUCGGUCAAUUAUGUCGUGAUCGUGAGAACGGGACACCAUCCGCUUAUCUCAUCGAGUUAAAACACAGAUUUGAGAGCUGCUGCAAGCGGAAAGAAAGAUCCUCUUCGCAUGCACCAGAAGUGUUGUAUUUCUGGGAGAGACAUUAUUCCCAGCCUCGAACACGUAACGGGAUUGUAGGCGAAAAAAUUCUCAUGGUAGAAGAUAGUGCGACACCAGGUGCACGAAAUCUACCUUUAAACUCCGACCAUUCUGGCAUGGUAAAAUACAGCAGUAGAUCCGACCUACUUUACGAGGAUGUUUCAAGCAAUAUAGAUGGUAUGGUCUGUAGCUUGGCAGAGCGGAGGAACGGCGUUCAAUCCGCCUCAGUAGAUGAAUCCUCCCAAAGAAGAGGUGAUACAAUUAUCAGUGGACCAUCGGCACCAAAGAGAAGAGGCACCUUUCUUUCCGAAGAUGAGUUGGAGACAACACUAGCUUAG